AUGGUACCUGCGAAAAUCCAAGCCGGUACCGUUCCCGUGGACACCUCGCUGAACACGUUCAUUCGUCAGCAUGCCCACCUCACGGGUACCAAGUUCAUGUGCCUGGAGGGAGGUUGCGGAGCAUGCGUGGUCAACGUGUCCGGCCCGCAUCCGGUGACCAAGAAGCGGACCACGUUGGCUGUCAAUUCUUGCCUUCUGUCGGUGUUGGCUUGCCACGGUCUGGACAUUCUGACGGUCGAGGGACUCGGCAACAAGGCGGACGGAUACCAUCCGGCUCAGCUGAGGUUGGCCCACUUCAACGGGACUCAGUGUGGUUACUGCACUCCGGGAAUGGUCAUGAGCAUGUACAGCUUGUUGGAGGCCAAGGAGGGUCGAGUGACGAUGGCAGAAGUGGAGGAUUCCUUCGGAGGGAAUAUCUGCCGGUGUACCGGAUACCGAUCGAUUCUGGAUGCGUUCAAAUCGUUGGCUGUUGAUGCAAGUGAGACGCUGCUGGACGCUUGUCGAGACAUUGAAGAUCUGGGCAAGGUCUGUCCAAAGUCUGGACAAGUAUGCGCUGGAAGUUGCCCAACUGCUGGUGAAGCCCAACAACCGAUUCGAAUGAUCUUUGCGGAUCAAAGAGAAUGGCACAAGGUGUGCAACGUGAGCGAAAUAUUUACCAUUUUCAAUCAGAUUGGCAAUAGACCGUAUAUGUUGGUUGCUGGCAACACUGCUCACGGACUCUUCCGUAGAAGCGAUCAACUUCAAGUUUUCAUCGAUGUCAACUCUGUUUACGAUCUGCAUACAUUUGCUCUGGAUGAGAAGUUGACUAUUGGCGCGAAUGUUUCGCUAGCUGAGUUCAUAACCAUUCUCAAAACUACCGCAAAUAGAAACAGUAAAUUCAGCUAUUGUGCAGAUUUGGCUGAUCAUAUCGGCAAGGUUGCCAACACAACUGUGCGGAAUAUUGGAACAAUAGCUGGGAAUCUCAUGAUCAAGAAUAAACACAAUAAGUUUCCUUCAGAUUGCUUUCUCGUUUUGGAUGCCAUUGGAGCUACUGUAACGAUCGCUGAAUCAAACGAGGAAUCGUUCAGCGUUAACGUGCAAGAUUUCAUAGAAACCAACAUGACCAAGAAGGUGAUCAAAAAUGUGGCACUUCCUGCGCUGGAUCCGUCCGUGUUUGUUUUCAAGUCGUUCAAAGUGAUGGCAACCGUGCAGAAUGCUCGCGCCUAUGUGAAUGGAGCAUUUUUGAUUAAAUUUAAUGCCAGCAAGGAUCGCGUUGAAUCGGCCAGGAUUUGCUUCGGGGGAAUUAAUCCAAAGUUCACCCACGCUGUCGCCACGGAAAACCUCCUGAUCGGCAAGAACCUUUUCGACAACAACACCCUUCAAGCCGCCUUGGGCACACUGGCCAACGAACUGGACCCCGACUGGGUCCUACCGGACACCUCCAUCGAGUAUCGCAAAAACCUAGCCGUCUCGCUGUUCUACAAAUUCGUCCUUUCGAUCGUCCCGGAAGACGGUCGAUUCCCACUGCGUCCAGCGUACAAGUCGGGUGGACCAAUGCUGCAACGUCCCCUUUCCUCGGGAAAGCAGAGCUUCGACACGAUCGAGAAGAACUGGCCGCUCACGAAGUACGUGCCCAAGAUCGAAGCGCUGCCGCAGACGACCGGCGAGGCGCAGUUCAUCAACGAUCUUGCUCCGCAACCUGGCGAGCUGUUCGCUGCGUUCGUACUAGCCACCGAGGUGCACUCGAAAAUUGUUGGUUUAGAUGCGGCGGAGGCACUGAAAUUGCCCGGAGUUGAGUUAUUCUAUUCGGCGAAGGAUAUUCCGGGCGUCAAUAACUUUGCUACGGCCAAGCUGCAGCUGUUCGAGGUGGAAGAAAUCUUCUGCAGCGGUGAAGUACUGUUCCACGGACAAGCCGUUGGGAUAAUAUUGGCUGACACGUUCGAGCUGGCGCAGAAAGCGGCCAAAUUGGUUCGUAUAAGCUACGAGAAGGUCAGCGAUAGGCCGGUGUACGCGACGGUGAAGAUGAUUAUGGAUAAUGAUAAUCGAGAUCGAUUUGUUGAGAGUGCUACCAAGAAGAGUGGGGAGUUGUCUGCCACUAAGUCUGUCAAAGGAAGAUUAGAGCUCGCCGGUCAGUAUCACUACCAUAUGGAAACCCAGACUUGCAUUUGCGUCCCCUUGGAGGACGGAUUGGACGUGUAUUCCUCAACUCAGUGGAUGGAUUUGGUCCAGAUAGCGAUCGCUGACUCGUUGCAGAUCCCGAUGAACAGUAUCAAUGUACGAGUUCGUCGCCUGGGUGGGAGUUACGGCGGUAAGGCCCUACGGGCUACACAAGUGGCUUGUGCUUGUGCUCUGGCAGCUCAUCUCAGUCGUCGUACAGUGAGGUUGGUCCUUCCCAUGGAGACCAACAUGGCCAUGAUCGGGAAGCGCAUCGGGAACAUCGCGGAUUACAACGUUGAAGUGAAUCAAAAUGGAAAGAUUAUCAAAUUGGAAAAUGAUUUCAUCCAGGACUACGGCAACUCAAUCAACGAUACCAUCGAGUACCUCAUCUAUCGAUUCUUUGCCAGUUGUUAUGAUUCCAAAGGCUGGAAGAACACCGGAAAGUCGGUGAAAACGGAUGCUCCCACCAAUACUUGGUGUCGGGCUCCAGGUUCCACCGAAGCAAUAGCCAUGAUCGAGAACAUCAUGGAACACAUCGCUCAUGAAACGGGACUCUGUCCACUAGAAGUUCGAAUGAUCAACCUUCAGAAGGACCACAAAAUGCACCAACUUCUUCCACAAUUCCGCAAGGACGUCGAAUAUGAUAGUCGAAAGCGUGCCAUCGAAGACUUCAAUGCCUCAAAUCGCUGGAAGAAACGUGGCAUCGCGAUCGUUCCGGCGCAGUUCCUCACUGAAUUUCUUGGCACUUUGAACGCAAUUGUGUCGAUCUUCUACGGUGAUGGAACCGUAUCGGUAACCCAUGGUGGCAUCGAAAUGGGACAAGGUAUAAACACAAAGGUGGCGCAGGUCACGGCUUUUGUUUUGGGGAUUCCUCUGGAGAAGGUCAGCGUGAAGCCGUCGGUCAGCUUUACGUCGCCGAACUCGUUUGGGACGGGUGGUAGCGUCACGAGUGAAGCCGUCAGCUACGCUGUUAAAAAAGCUUGCGAAAUGCUGCUAGAUCGUAUGAAGCCCAUCCGUAAAGAUAACCCAAAUGCCACAUGGGAGACGAUUGUUCAAAAGUCCUACGCCAAACACAUCGAUCUCUGUGCGGAGGCUGCCUUCAGCCAGUUGGACAUUCCGGAAUACCUGAUUCCAGCACUGGGUUGCGCCGAAAUCGAGGUAGACAUCCUCACCGGGAACGUUCAGGUGCUGCGGUACGACAUUCUAGAGGACGUUGGAGAAAGCUUGAGCCCAGGAAUCGACGUGGGACAAAUCGAGGGAGCUUUGGUCAUGGGCAUCGGAUAUUACCUCACCGAAGCACUGGUUUACGACGUCAAAAACGGUGCCUUGCUGACGAAUCGGUCCGCGAACUACAAACCACCGGGGGCGAAGGAUAUUCCUGUGGAUUUUCGAAUCAACUUUCUUCGCGGAAGUUCGAACCCGUUGGGAGUGCUGAGGUCCAAGGCAACGGCUGAACCGCCGUUCAAUACGACGGUUGUGGUGUUGUUUGCACUGAGGAAUGCACUGCGAUCGGCCCGGAAGGACGCUGGGUUGCCGGAUGUGUGGAUUCCACUUGGGGCACCGACGACGCCGGAUAAGAUUCUUCUGCUGGCUGGGAAUACUAUUGAUCAAUAUUUGCUGAAUUGACAUUAUCCUAAAUGAAUUUCUUUUUAGUUUAGA